AUGAACGCUCCGUCUGUCUUCUCCAGACGCUCGGCCUCCGUGUGCCUGGCCUGCCGUCGCUCCAUGCUUCAUCGCCAGUUCUCGACCUCCCCUGCGUCCAUGGUCACAGCCUUCCAGGCCUACACCUUGCCUUCACAUCCUCCGCCGCCGCGCAGCGGUGUCACUGAGACCAUCACGCCCAUCCAGACGCCGCUGCCUAGGGUCCACGAGACACGGCCGCCGAGAGGCCUGGGCCCGGAGCUCCAUCAGCCGAAGGAGAUCCCGACAACCGCGAAGCAGGAUACCAUAGCCCAAUCGACAGCCGCUCAACAACAUCAAUCACAAUUUCAAAGCCAGAGCUCAUCAGUUUCGACAGAGAAGACACAAACGACCGCCUCAAUACAACAAUCCGCCCCGUCCACAACCCAACAACAACCCUCUGCCCGGCCUCGCUCCAGGCUACGGACACCCCGCAAGGCGGCGAUGACCCUGACUCCCGCAGCUGUCGCCCACCUCAGAGAACUCCUUAACCAGCCGGAGCCAAAGCUCAUUAAGGUCGGCGUGCGCAACAGGGGAUGCUCCGGGCUCGCCUACCACUUGGAGUAUGUCGACAAGCCGGGCCCGUUCGAUGAGCUGGUGGAGCAGGACGGUGUCAAGGUGCUGAUUGACAGCAAGGCGCUGUUCAGCAUUAUCGGGAGCGAGAUGGACUGGGUGGAGAACGAGCUCAGUCAGAGGUUUGUAUUUCGGAACCCAAAUAUAAAGGAGCAGUGUGGAUGUGGCGAAUCGUUCAUGGUUUAA